GAUAAUACCGACCAUUUUGUACGGUUGUUAAAAACAUGGAGUAGAAGGGGUUCACACUUUUAGGCUGGAAGGUGAUAGAUAACAUCAAGAGGCCAACAUAUAUUUUCUCUUUUCUUAACAGAGCAUAUAUAAUAGCUUUGAAGAAUUAUUAGUUUAUUAUAUUCAAAGUUGAUGAUGGUGAUGACCCAACUCUAGUCUCAUCACCUUUUUUGUUUUUCUUUACUCUCUUCUUCUGAUUCAUGCCGUUCUUUCGUUUUGAGACUUUGUGAUUCAUCUGCACUUGAUGAUCUGUUUCUGACAUAAUAUCAUGGAGACUUCUGGGAUCUGAGAAAAUCUAAAUCCAAGUUGGAGUCCUGUUGCUGAUUUGUCUUCUCAAAUGGGAAUGGGUUCUUCUUUGGAAAAGCUGUUCAACAAAGAGAGGACUGUACAUGAGAUUCUGGGAGGUGGCAUUGUUGCAGAUGUGAUGCUGUGGAGGAAGAAGAAUGCGAGUGUUGGUAUAGUCACAGUAACAAUAGGAUCAUGGAUGGUGUUUGAGACAUUUUCUUAUACCAUCCUCACUCUUCUUUCAAGUGUUCUUCUCCUCUUGCUCUCUAUUCUCUUUCUCUGGUCCAAAUCUGCAUCCAUCCUCAACAGGCCGUCACCGCCAUUAACAGAGUUUCAAGUAAGUGAAGCAAUGGCUGAAGAAGCUUCCAAGUUGUUGCGCAUCCAUGUGAAUAAACUACUACAAGUAUCGUAUGACAUUGCAAUGGGAAGAGACUCAGAGUUGUUUAUUAAAGUAGCAGUCUAUCUGUUUCUCAUAGCAUUCAUUGGAAGCAUCAUGGAUUUUCAAACACUUUGCCACGCUGGGGUUUUGGUGGUGAUGGCAGUUCCAGCUUUCUAUGAGAGAUACGAGGAUUGCAUCGAUGGAUCUAUAGUGCUCCUCUACAACAAAGCUAAAGAGCUUUACCUGAGAUUCAAGAUAUGGGCUUAUCCGGAACAUAAGAAACUGAGCUGAGACUCGCUUUGUCUCUAUUUCUCUCUUCUUUUCAGGAGUUUUUAUUUAUUUUUGGUUCCUCAGUUUUGUGCAAGGGAAGAAAUUGUAUCUUUUUGAUAAAUUUUUGAACGGUACAGUCAAUAUAUGAGCAACCCACAUAAAUUUAUUUCAUAGUUUUGCUUGAA